AUGUCUCUAACGCAAUACACCCACGAUCCAGCUGAUGCAAAGUACAUGUCAAUUGCCAUUGAGCAAGCCAAUCGGUCUAUUCCAGUGGAGAAAGCAUACUGUGUUGGUGCAGCUCUUGUCGACAGCAAUGGUCAACUAUUGACGACGGGUUUUUCGCGUGAGAUUCCCGGCAACACCCAUGCAGAAGAAUGCGCACUCUUGAAGCUUGACGAUCCCAGUGUAGCCAAGGGAGCUACUAUGUAUACAACCAUGGAGCCUUGUUCGACGCGUUUAUCAGGCAAUCGUCCUUGUACAGACCGAUUGAUCGAAGCACAGGUGGCACGUGUUGUUAUGGGCGUACGUGAACCACCCAAUUUGGUCCAAUGCACUGGCAUCCAACAACUCAAGGACAAUGGUAUCCAAGUGCUCGUAGUACCCGAUGUAGAAGAAGCAUGCUUAGAACCAAAUCGUCAUAUUGUCAACAAGUAA